AAUCGCUGGUGGGACUUCAUUAAAUGGCAGGUGGACAACCGAGACAUCGAGGUUGGAGAUUAUGGAUUCCCCGAUUACCUGGAGGCACGUAGGCGUAAAGGCUUGCGAGAAUACUAUCCAGGGUCUGGUCCCGAGUAUGACGAGUCAACCGCACGACUGUGGGAGAUGAAACGGAAGUACCGCGAAGUCCCUGGUGGAAGUUUUUCGGCGUACCAAGAAGCAGUCAAGAAACGUCUGGCAUGUCACAACUUCACUCGGGAGUUUCGAUUGGAAGCCGACCCGCGUCAACAAGAUGCCUGGACAACAUGGGUUGAGUAUCUUAACUUCGAAUACUUUGAGAGAGACAGGCUCGCUGCUUUGUUAAUGAGGUUGGAACAAGAUUACAUCAAUGCCUGGGAUAAAUUCUUGGUUGUGGAUUCGUCGAGAUUUGAUGCUUUCGGAAGGCCUCUAGCCGAACCAGAAGAUAACUUUGGGGCCCUACAACAGCGGGUAGACAUUUUCAUCCGAGAUACUUACCCGUAUCGCAGCAAAGAACCCUUUUUUCGCCACCAGCGUGUCUUGACGCGAUGGAUCCUUGAGCAGUUGGGUUUAAUCGAGGCUGAGACCAAGCAACAACGUACAGCUAAAGACUGUGGCCAAACCAAGUUUCCGUCCAGCAAGAAAAGAAAACAAGCUGAGGAUGAGGAAGUUGAUGAUGAAGAAAGCGGACGCAGCCUCAAGAGAUCGAAACAAGACGGUGCCUCAGGUCAAAACCCUACUCAACAACUAGCUCGAGGAAGACCAAAGAAUUUCACUAAAGCAAGGGCAUCUAAAAGGGGCGCACGAAAAUCCCGUCUGCCUGGCCAACCAGCCAGCUCACAGAAAAAUACAAACUUGGACUCUCAGAAAAGCCAGUCUUCGAAACGAAGAUCGUGCGCUGAGGCUAUGGUUCUACCAUCGCCGAUUCGGCGUCGAUCGCAACGGUUGCAAGCUCGGUUGCAGGAACGUUAUAGUCAAGUUGAUCGCCGUGCACGAGGAGUGAUAGCAGAGUUUGAGAUGUAA